AUGAGCAGCCACCGCAACCACGUUCUGGUUUUACCAUUUCCAGCUCAAGGACAUGUGAAUUGCCUCAUGAUCCUCUCUAAUAAACUAGCCCAACAUGGCCUCAGAAUCACCUUUGUGAACUCAGAUUUCAACCACAGACGAGUGGUGAAGGCAAUGAACGAGGAGGAGGAAGCAGAGAAGAAGAAGAGGAAAUUGCCUGUGGAAUUAGCGUCCAUCUCAGAUGGUAUGGGUCCUGAAGAUGACCGAAACAACGUGGCUAAACUAAUGCUGGCAAUUUUAAGAACAAUGCCCUCAGAGCUUGAGAAGCUCAUCGAAGGCAUUAAUGGCAGAGGAGAUAGAAUUACGUGUGUGGUGGCAGAUGUAAAGAUGGGAUGGGCCUUGGAAGUCUCGCAUAAGCUGGGUAUCAAAGCUGCUGUUAUCUGUCCUACAACUGCUGCUGUUUUUGCCUUGGAACUUCACAUGCCCAAGCUGAUUCAACAUGGAUUGAUGGAUUCUAAUGAAACCAUCCAUUUUUGGAUUGCCAAUAUAAAAGGGGAAUUUGAGAUAUCCCCAGAUAUUCCGAAGAUGAACACAUCUGACAUUGCAUGGUGUUGUAUUGGAGACUUAGACUCUCAAAAGACUAUUUAUGAUUACCUUGCAAGAACGAUAAAAGCUUCACACUUAACAGAUUGGUGGCUUUGCAAUACAACUUUUGAACUUGAACCUGGAGCCUUAUCCUUAUACCCUAAGAUCCUACCCAUUGGACCAUUAAUGGAGAGCCAUGAGAACCUAAGUACUCGGUCACUUGGGCAGUUUUGGGAAGAGGAUCUUUCUUGCUUAAGAUGGCUAGACCUGCAACCAUCAUGUUCAGUCAUUUACGUUGCUUUUGGUAGCUUCACUGUGUUUGAUCCAACCCAAUUCAAAGAGCUAGCUUUAGGACUUGAGCUUACCCAAAGGCCUUUUCUUUGGGUUGUUCGGGAAGAUACACAUGGGGGAGGCACAAAAAUAGCAUAUCCAGACGAGUUUGAGGGCAAAAAGGGAAAAAUUGUUAAAUGGGUACCUCAGAAAAAGGUUUUGAGCCAUCCUGCCAUAGCUUGCUUUGUUAGCCAUUGUGGCUGGAAUUCCACCAUGGAAGGUUUGAGCAAUGGAGUGCCUUUCCUGUGUUGGCCAUAUUUUGCAGACCAAUUCUUUGACAAGAAUUGUAUUUGUAAUGAGUGGAAGGUGGGACUGGGAUUUGAUUCAGAUGAAAAAGGAAUAAUCUCACGCCAAGAAAUCAAGAAAAAAGUGGACAUGUUGCUUGAAGAUGAGAGCAUAAGGGCAAGGUCCUUGAAGCUAAAGGAUAUUAUGAUGAAUAAUAUAAAGGAAGGGGGUACUUCAAUGGAGAACUUCAGGAAAUUCUUGGAAUGGGUUAAACUGUUAGAUGCUUAA